AUGGUGCACUAUAAGUGUAUUACAGUUAACACCAAUAAUAUGAAGCUUGUUCUUAGCAUCAGUGCCAAAAUCAGAUUGAACUAUUUCAGCCUAAUUGAUGCACCUGAUCAUCCUACCCCUGCCAUCACUACCCACUGCCUGCAUGCUGCUCCCAUCCUGUCAACUACUGCUGCUGCUGCUUCACCACCACCACCACUGUCCACCACCACCUCUCUGCCUCCCCCUGGCACCAUCAGGGUCUUUGCCUGUCAAAUAGCAGGUAUUAGAGCCCCUGUCUGGUUCACAAAGCUGGUUCUGGAGGAGCAGGAGGAGGAGGAGAAGGAGAAGAAGAAGAAGAAGUAG